AUGAAGCUUUCCAUCGCUAUCAUCGCCGCCAUCACUGGCUCCGUUCUGGCCCGUCCCUCCUCCCUCGCUGAGCGCGUUCAAUCUCGUGCUGAUGGCAGUCGCCGUCACAGGACCCAGCCCAUGAUUCUAGUCGGCACAGCCGCGAAAGAGAACGCCAAGUUCGUCGCAGACGUCGACAACACCACCGCCCACGUCGACUACUCCUCCAACUGGUCCGGUGCCGUUCUCGAGACCCCCUCCUCCGGCUACUUCAAGUCAGCCACCGGACGCUUCACCGUACCCACACCCAAGCACGUUGGCUCUGGUGGCACCGAGUCUUCCUCAGCUUGGGUCGGUAUUGACGGCGACACCUGCGGCAGCGGUCUGCUCCAAGCAGGUAUCGACUUUACCGUCAGCAGCUCCGGCGCCGUUUCCUACGACGCCUGGUACGAGUGGUACCCCGACUACGCCUACGACUUCAGCAACUUCGCCGUCAAGGCCGGCAACGUCAUCCAAGUCGACAUUGUCGCUACCUCCACCACCAAGGGCACGGUCUCACUCACCAACGUGAGCACCGGAAAGAAGGUCAGCCAGACACUUAGCGCACCUAGUGGCUCCGUCCUGUGCCGUCAGAACGCAGAGUGGAUUGUAGAGGACUUUGAGUCCGGAGGUAGCUUGGUUGCGCUGAGCAACUUUGGUACUGUUGUCUUCACCCAGGCGAGUGCUAGUUUGAGCACGGGUGGAACGGAUGGGUUGAGCGGUGCUACUAUUAUCGAUCUUAAGCAGGGUAGCACUGUUUACACUGAUGUUACUAUCAACAGCGGCUCGCAGGUUACUGUUCAGUACAUUUAG